GAAACCAUUUCCGUGUUGAUCGGUUCAUUUGACUUUUGAUAAGUAGUAACUUUGAGAUGCUCACUGAACUGUCAGUAUUGCAUUUUCUAUUGUAUGAUUAGGGUAUUCUUCUUUUCUUUUUACUCUGUUAGUAUUUAUUUUUAAUCCUUUGUCACAAUGAACGGUUUAUCUCAAACUGAAACUAAAAAAACUAAGUCAACGCCCGCUAAAGUGAUCAUGCCUUCAACAACAGCGUCGGUCACUUCCUGCCAUGGCGAUGAUGUUAGAGACGAUGAGGAGGAUGCAGAUGACCUUCCCAUGACAAGACGUACGAAAAUGAAUGACAGAUCAUACACUAGGUACCGGAGGACAAGGUCAUUAUAUGGUGUAAGUCCAAACUGCAGUUUUGGUCCAAAAGGUUUUCUAGAGGACACAUCAGAAACUAUAAUAAACAUUCCCGACCCGACCAGUCAGAGGUUACACUGGCACAAACCUCCACAGUCGGUUCUUGUGGUUCGUAAGAUCCACGAUGAUUCCGUCCUCAUUCCCUUCAGAAACCUGCUUUUCUGGUUAAUAGAGGAGAGGAACAUGAUAGUGUUUGUAGAGUCAAAAAUGAUAGAAGACCAGGUGUGCAUGGAUGAGGAGUUUCAGAAAAUAGUUAACAAGCUACAAACUUUCAAAGAAGAUGAAGACAAACUGACAGACAAGAUUGACUUUAUUCUCUGCCUCGGAGGAGACGGGACACUGUUGUAUGUGUCUUCUUUAUUCCAGACAAGCGUCCCACCUGUGAUGGCGUUUAACAUGGGAUCACUUGGUUUUCUGACACCAUUCCAAAUCCACGAAUUCAGGGAACAGAUCUCUACAGUUUUAGAAGGCAAUGCCACGUUGAUACUGCGCAAUCGUCUCAAGUGUGUUGUGUGCAAGCACAGCAGUACAGAUUGUAGCGAUAUCCCACACAUCAAACACAUAGAUCCCACCAUGACCAAGAGACACAUUCUCGAGUGUGUUAUGGUUCUGAAUGAAAUUGUUAUAGACCGGGGUCCAGCACCAUACCUCUCCAAUAUCGACCUGUACAUUGAAGGUCAUUUGGUGACCUCUGUUCAGGGUGAUGGUCUGAUUAUUUCCACGCCGACAGGCAGCACGGCCUAUGCUGUCAGUGCAGGUGCCUCCAUGGUCCAUCCGAGUGUUCCGUGUAUACUGAUAACCCCCAUCUGUCCUCACUCUCUCUCGUUCAGGCCAGUCAUAGUCCCAGCAGGAGUCGAAAUUAAGGUAAUGGUUUCGCCAGAAGCACGGAAUAAUGCAUGGGUUUCUUUUGAUGGACGAAACAGACAGGAAAUCGAGCAAGGAGAUAGUGUUCGGAUAACCACUGCAGUGUACCCACUUCCGUCUAUAUGUGCUAAGGACCAGGUAGAAGACUGGUUUGGUGGACUGGCCGACUGUUUGCACUGGAACAUCCGUCGAACACAGAAAAGUCUUUCAUCGGGACAGAGCUCGGGCAGUCUCGACACAUUUGAUUCUGAGUCCAAUGCAGGGUCCACCGGUUAAUGAUAUCUCACAGUCAGUCGGUGUUACAGUCCGAAAACCACUAUGUAAACACAUUGGGUCGAAUUACGAAGCUUGUUUUUCUUAAAUGCAGGAGUUUAAGCAUUGUAGAUGUACAUAGUUACACGCGUGUAAGUCUAAAACAGGCUUUGUAAAUUCGGCCCAUUGCAUUUACUUACAGUUAGUCAGUGUUACAGUCCGAAAACUACUUUGUAAACACAUUGCAUUUUCUUACAGUUAGUCAGUGUUAGUCCGAAAACUACUUUGUAAACACAUUACAUUUUCUUACAGUUAGUCAGUGUUACAGUCCGAAAACUACUUUGUAAACACAUUGCAUUUUCUUACAGUUAGUCAGUGUUACAGUCCGAAAACUACUUUGUAAACACAUUACAUUUUCUUACAGUUAGUCAGUGUUACAGUCCGAAAACCACUUUGUAAACACAUUACAUUUUCUUACAGUUAGUCAGUGUUACAGUCCGAAAACCACUUUGUAAACACAUUACAUUUUCUUACAGUUAGUCAGUGUUAGUCCGAAAACCACUUUGUAAACACAUUACAUUUUCUUACAGUUAGUCAGUGUUACAGUCCGAAAACCACUUUGUAAACACAUUACAUUUUCUUACAGUUAGUCAGUGUUACAGUCUGGAAACCACUGUAUAAACACAUUACAUUUUAUUACAGUUAGUCAGUGUUAUAGUCCAAAAACCACCGUGUCAAAGUUGGAGAAACAAAACACAUUGCAAUUUUAUUACAGUUUGCCAGUGUCACAGUCCAAAAACAAUUGUGUCAAAGUUGUAGAAACUAAACACGUAAUAUUAUUAUGUAAAGCAAUAUGUAUGUUGGAUCAAGAGAAGCAUUAUAUUUGUAGUAUGUUUGUAGCACUGUGUCUAAAAAAAUUGGAAACAAAUGGGGGGGGGGGGGGGGGGGAAGUACUAAAGAAAACAUUUUUUAAAUUAGCCAGGGCAAAUAUUAGCAACUAUUUAACAUCAGAAACUUGCAUAGUGAAUCACAAUGCAGUACUAAACAAAAUGUCCCUUGAUAUGGUAUAAUGAAAUGUAAAGGGUUGUUCUCAAGUUGGACAGAAAUAAAACUUUUAAACUAAAAAGGACACUUCUUUUUUAAAAGGGCACUGUUAAACUAAAAAGGGCACUUUUUUAUAUGGCACUUUUAAACAAAACAGGGCACUUUUUAAAAAGGGCAAUUUUAAAUUUAAAAUGGUACAGUUAAACUUUUAAAAUGGCACUUUUAAACAAAACAGGACACUGUUUCAUAUUUUUCUGGACUGGUUUUAAUUUCCCCACCUCACCCUCUAACCUUAUACUAGACACAGCUGUGUGAAUAAAAUACACCAUUCCAGACAUUGACAGUAUAAAAAUCUUAACAGUAACUAAAGUAACUGACGUCAUUCAAAUUCAAAGUUAGCUACAUUAUUACAAUUCUUUGCCAGAUUAAAAUAAAAACUGGUCUACUAACCUUGACCCCUGUUAAAAUUCUAUAACAUGCAGACAACGCUGUUUACAGGUCGGUAUUUGUUUUUCAUAAUUCUGCACAAAAUAUUAUGUUUAAGUUUUAAAAGAUGAAAGAAAUAAAAAGUACCUUUUGUCAAAUAUAUCACCAAAAUAAUUACUGUUGAAUAUGCUAUAUUUAUUGUGUACGAAGCCAAAACAAGGGUUCGAAAGGUGACUAUCGUCAACCUUAGUAGCAUAUAUAUAUAUAUAUAUAUAUAUAUAUAUAUAUAUAUAUAUAUAUAUAUAUAUAUAUAUUAUUACUGUAAAUCAUAAUAAUAAUAUAUUAGUGACCUUAAAAUUGAUCGAAAUCUAACUAAGUGAAAUACAUGUUUUAGCAUCAUAAAACUUUUAUCAAGGUUUGUAUAUUGGACACUAAAAAUAUGAGCUUUAGGUUGUAGGAUCGGCUGAAAUAAUACUAAUAUUUUUGACCAGGGCCGUACCCUGAUUAAAAUCCGGGGGGGGGGGGGGGGGGGGGGGGCACUACUUUUUA